CCGUCUCCAUGUUCUUAGUAACCAUGGGAGAAAGAGAGCGAGACAGAGAGGGUGAGAGAGAGAGGAGGUUAGACAGUAAUACUUAUACCUAAAGUCCCUGUCUUGUCUCCUGACUGACUGAUAAAUGCAGUGUUAGAAAGUUCUGGCUAUUGUCUGGUUUCUGAUCCUCGUUUUCAUCCUGGAGAAGUCUACAGACAUUGUCUGAUGUAAUAAUAUGAGUAUAGCUAUUGGGUCGUUCCACCUCAAAAAGCACAAGAAAGAGGAUUUCGACACCCACCGUCUCAGAUUGUUCUCAAAUCGUUUCUGUAUUUAGAAACCGAUAUGAUUAGCAUUCUGGAAACAUUAUUUUUUUGUAUAUAUAAUUUGAUUUCUGAGAAAUUAAGCUAAUUGAUUGCACCCAAGUUGGCUAUUUUAAUUCAUAGAAUUCAUAUAAUAUUCAAUAAAUAUAGUACCUAACAUCCAUUUUGGACCAGAAUAAGAAACUCUAUAUUUAUUGGAAAGGAGCAUCAAUAUCACCGUGCACUUUCACCACUCUGAAGUUCAUCAUAACUUAUUUCAUAUGUAGCCUAAUAAAGUGCAUGGUUUACCGAGUCGUAGUGGGAGGACCACACACCCUGACUCCAAGUUUACUUCCAUAUGAUGGUUGUUAUAUCAAUAUUUGCACAUAAAGGCGUUUCUACCACCAUUUCUCACAUAAUAAUUUUACCAACAAAAAGAUCCCACCAUGUCGAACGAACAAAUUAUAUGUCGGCAUUUAUAAAAUUGUACUGCAACUUCCUGUUUCCAUCACAGCUGUUGUGAUUAUUUUUAUAUGGUAUGACUUUUACUUGCAUAAAAACUGUGGAUGGAAACUUGUUAGAAAAAAGUUUGGUCCAUAUCGGAUGUUAGGUACUAUAAUUAUUGAAUAUUAAUUGAAUCCUAUAAAUUAAAAUGGCCAAUUUGGGUGCAAUCAAUUAGCUUAAUCUCAAAUUAUAUUUCAACAAAAUAAAGUUUCCGGAAUGCUUACCUUAUCUGUUUCUAGCUACAGAAACUAUUUCAGAACAAUCUUAGAUGGUGGGUGUCAUGGCUUGCUGAAAUGACAUGGAACAACCCUAAUUUCUGAUACAUAGAGCUAUUGGCUAAUUGUGAUUGUGUGUUAGUUUAAUGUGAACAGAUGUUGUUGGUUUUGGCUGCUAUCUGUUUUAUGAUGAUUUUAUAUUAAAUCUGACUCUCUCUUCUGAUUGGUCCAGGGCUGAAGAGAUCCCAGAGAUGAUUGGCUGUAGAAGCUGAGACUUGACAAGACAGAGGAUCUUGAACUAGGUGCUAUUCUGAAAGGUAAGCGAGUGUGUGUGUGUGUGUGUGUGUGUGUGUGUAUACAGUGCAUUCAGAAAGUAUUCAGACCCCUUGACUUUUUCCACAUUUUGUUACGUUACAUCCUUAUUCUAAAAUGGAUGAAAUUAAAAAUGUUCCUCAUCAAUCUACACACAAUACCCCAUAAUGACAAUGCAAAAACAGAAAUAAGUAUUCAGACCCUUUGCUAUGAGACACGAAAUUGAGCUCAGGUGCAUCCUGUUUCCAUUGAUCAUCCUUGAGAUGUUUCUACAACUUGAUUGGAGUCCACCUGUGGUACAUUCAAUUGAUUGGACAUGUUUUGGAAAGGCACACACUUGUCUAUAUAAGGUCCCACAGUUCACAGUGCAUGUCAGAGCAAAAACCAAGCCAUGAGGUCGAAGGAAUUGUCCGUAGAGCUCCGAGACAGGAUUGUGUCGAGGCACAGAUCUGGGGAAGGGUACCAAAUCAUUUCUGCAGCAUUGAAGGUCCCCAAGAACACAGUGGCCUCCAUCAUUCUUAAAUGGAAGAAGUUUGGAACCACCAAGACUCUUCCAUGAGCUGGCCACACUGCCAAACUGAGCAAUCGGGGGAGAAGGGCCUUGGUCAGGGAGGUGACCAAGAACCCGAUGGUCACUCUGACAGAGCUCCAGAGUUCCUCUGUGGAGAUGAGAGAACCUUCCAGAACCACAACCAUCUCUGCAGCACUCCACUAAUCAGGCCUUUAUGGUAGAGUGGCCAGACGGAAGCCACUCCUCAGUAAAAGGCACAUGACAGCCCGCUUGGAGUUUGCCAAAAGGCACCUAAAGGACUCUCACACCAUGAGAAACAAGAUUCUCUGGUCUGAUGAAACCAAGAUUGAACUCUUUGGCCUGAAUGCCAAGCAUCACGUCUGGAGGAAACCUGGCACCAUCCCUACGGUGAAGCAUGGUGGUGGCAGCAUCAUGCUGUGGGGAUGUUUGUCAGCGGCAAGGAUUGGGAGACUAGUCAGGAUUUAGGGAAAGAUGAACGGAGCAAAGUACAGAGAGAUCCUUGAUGAAAACCUGCUCCAGAGCUCUCAGGACAUCAGACUGGGGCGAAGGUUCAUCUUCCAACAGGACAACGACCCUAAGCACACAGCCAAGACAACGCAGGAGUGGCUUCGGGACAAGUCUCUGAAUGUCCUUGAGUGGCCCAGCCAGAGCCCGGCUUGAACCCGAUCGAACAUCUCUGGAGAGACCUGAAAAUAGCUGUGCAGCGACGCUCCCCAUCCAACCUGACAGAGCUUGAGAGGAUCUGCAGAGAAGAAUGGGAUAAACUCCCCAAAUACAGGUGUACCAAGCUUGUAGCGUCAUACCCAGUAAGACUCAAAGCUGUAAUCGCUGCUAAAGGUGCUUCAACAAAGUACUGAGUAAAGGGUCUGAAUAGUUCUGUAAAUUCUUUAAAUUUCUAAUACAUUUGCCUAAAAUUCUAAAAACAUGUUUUUGCUUUGUCAUUGUGGGUAUUGUGUGAAGAUUGAUGAGGGAAAAAAAACGAUUUAAUCAAUUUUAGAAUAAGGCUGUAACGUAACAAAAUGUGGAAAAAGUCAAGGGGUCUGAAUACUUUCCGAAUGCACUGUGUGUGUGUGUGUGUGUGUUCGAACGUGUGUAUGUAUCUUUUUAUGUGUCUGUGGGAAUGUGUUAACCAGUCAGAGCUGUUUAUGAUCGUCUGGUCCUGGUCUGUCUUUACAUGGCACUAGUAUGGUAUCGUUAUCCAACACACACACACACACACACACACAGACAGAUGAGUAGAGGGGAGCGUCAGCGUGGCUCAGUGUUGGUUUUAUUUCCAUCUCUCUGGAAGCUAAAAACGGAGCGCCUGAAAUAUCUUCCCCCUAGGCUUUUAAUAGCAAGGCGGCGCUAGGGAUGGAGACAGAGAGGGAUGGAGGAGAGAGGGAGGGAGGAGAGCGGGAGGGAGGAGAGAGGGAGGGAGGAGAGAGGGAGGGAGGAGAGCGGGAGGGAGGAGAGAGGGAGGGAGGAGAGAGGGAGGGAUGAGAGAGGGAGGGAGGAGAGAGGGAGGGAGGAGAGAGGGAGUGGGAGGCCCUACACACACUAGCAGAGCUAAUUUAGGAACCAACGUUGACUAGAGUGGGGAACUUUGCUGGCUCAUCGUCACGGUGUGUGUGUCACGGUGUGUGUGUCACGGUGUGUCUGUCACGGGUGUGUGCUUCUGUUUGCAUUUUGAACAGGAAUCUUCUUCUGUCUUCUGUAACUCUCUCUGUUUGACAUGGACUGAGUCUUUUCUAUUUCUUUGAAGUUUUGGUCCUGUGUGUCUCAGUGUUAGUUUUUCUGGGUGGUGUGACUUUUUGUAUUUGUGUGUCACGGUGUGUGUCACAGUGUGUGUGUGUGUGUGUCACUGUGUGUGUCACCAUGUGUAUGAGUAUAUAUGCCAGGCUAUUUUCUGUGUUCUCCAACUGUUCUUUUGUUUGCCUCUCUGCCAUGUGUGGGAAGGUGUGUGGGCAUGAGAUAUAGCCAGCACAGCCCGUCCUCUCUUCCAUCCCUCCCUCCCUCCUUCCCUGAAGAGCACUUUUAUUUCCCACCCAUCUAUCCUCCCAUCCUGUUCAGACCUUCUGUUGUGUCUUCCCCCUGUCCCUCUCUCUCCCUCUCCAUCACACCUGUUCUAAUAAUGGGAUUAAAACCAAGUGGAUCCAAUACACACACAUACAUAGAUACUCUACAGACGCUCACACAAAACAGGCAGUACAGCCACACACCCUGUGCCCUUGGUUAGUCUCUGUGGGUCUCUACCCCCCCUGUAGGGAUUACAGUAACCUCAGUGUUCCCAUAUCAUAGGUCCACUAACUCCCACAGGACCAUCUGUGCUCGGCUAAUAAUCCUAAAGUCAGCUACAGCAGAGCUACCGUCGCCCCCUAGGGGCUGGGACACAGUACAGCACUACCAGAGUGUACUAGCUAAUAAUGACAGAUGGACAAAGACGCUGCGGUUACACUGUAAUACCUAGACCUAGAGUCUAUGGUGCAAUAGUUGUUAAAUAGAUAAACAAUUACAUCUGCUGCCUCCCUCCAACUCCACACAUACUGUAUUUUAGUCACAGAGAAGUUUGUAAGCUCUCUCCGCACCAAAUGUUCCAUAUCUAGACUCCUCUCUUCGUUUACCUCUUCUUCCUUGCGCUGUUCUUUCCUCUGUCCUAUUUCCUCAGUCUCAACCCCUCCUCUCUGUCUGCAGUGAGUUUCGCUCUACAGCUGAACUAUAUAAUGGAAAACCUACUGACAAUUAUUGACUUGUAUCUCACUUCCUUCCCCUCUCUUCCUCCUCUUGUUCUCUCUCACUCUCUCCUCUCUCCCUCUCUGUCUGAUUCUCUGUUUCUCCCUCUCUCAUUCUCUCUCCUCUUGUUCCCUCUCUAGCCUAACAGGCUGUAUUGUAUUGGUGUUGAAGACAGGUGUGAAGUCUUCCCUUAGUCUUUGGUGUGUGGCCUUCUCUGAGCUGCAGUGGAGGGCUUCACAGACACAGCUAGUGUGGUGAGUAGAAAGCGUAUACUUGCAUUUUUGGGCAAUCCACAAAUGCCACAUAGGUUAAUAGUUUGUUGACAGUGUGUGUGUGUCUGUGUGUGCAUGUGCAUGUCCGUGUGUGAGAAACAGAGGGAGUGUAUGUGAGUAAUUGUGUGUUAAUUCCCAUGCAGAGGGCACACAUUGUGUACAUACUGAGAGUGUAUCUCUCCAGUGUGUGUGUGUGUUCCAUAUAUUGAGUGUAUGUUUGUGUGUGUUGUCCUCCUCGUCCUACAGGCUGGAUGCAUCACGCAGUAGAGCAGUUUGGUGGGCGUGGCACACGGGACUCCUUCCCUCUGGACGGACUCAGCCGGGGACCAUGGGCUCCCGUGGGCAGCCGCGCCACCUGGGCGCCACCUGCCAGGUAUGUUAGGUUUCCACGGCAACCAACAAGCCACACACACACAGCUACUAGUCAAUUAAUUACACCUACACUGACUGACUUAGCUUCACACUCUCUCACUUGACUACAAGUUCACUGUUAAUUGUUAUUGUAGGUUAACAUGUAUUUUUCUCUUAGGUAAAACAGUUCGUAUCGCACAGUAUUUACUCUUGUUCUCUCUACCAGGUGUUCGACAGGUGUCAAUCAACACCAGGUCCUCCCCCAUGUAGCGCCCAGUCACAUGGGUGGACUGAACCAUCCCAGUAAAUUCUUCAAUAAUGGGUGAGUCCGGCAAAUAUUCCUGUUGGGCUCAUACGGUAAUAUAAUCUGAUAGCUGUAGUCUCCGCCUUUCUUGUCUUUCCUUGUCACGUACAUUCACAGCUCCAGGCUGUAGUCACUGUAAUCUGACUCUCUCUCUCUCUCUCUCUCUCUCUCUGUUCCCAACAGGACCAUGCAGGUGCGUGGCGGUGAAAAGCUGGAGCUGUCCCAGGCCAUGUUACCUGGCCUCCAGAGAGGGGACCAGCAAUGCCCCCUUCCUCCCCCCCACCGGGUGUGGGAGCAGAUGGGUCAGCUGUAUGAGUCACACCCCCCUCCUCAUUCACUUGAACCCCUACCCGGCCUUCACAGCGGUGGAUACAGCGCCGGGCCUCCUACCCACCUGCCUUCCAGACCCAAUCAGCUACUGAAGGUGAGAGAAGGAGCCAAUGAUAUCAUCAGACAGGACGAGUGUAGAUAAAUGAGUGGCCUAUCAGUGAGCGACGAUAAAAGUUGGAUGUCUUGUUAGGAGAUGUAAUCCUGCCUUUUCCUCUCUCUAUCUCCUUCUCAACCCCUCUCUCUCCUCUCUCUCUCUCUCCUCCUCUCUUCUCCUCUCUCUCUCUCUCCUCCUCUCUCCUCCUCUCUCUCUCCUCUCUGUCCUUCUCUCUCUCCUCCUCUCUCUCUCUCUCCUCCUCUCUCCUCCUCUCUCUCUCCUCUCUCUCUCCUCUCUGUCCUUCUCUCUCUCCUCCUCUCUCUCCUUCUCAACCCCUCUCUCUCCUCUCUCUCUCUCUCCUCUCUCUCUCUCUCUCUCUCUCUCUCUCUCUCCUUCUCUCUGUCAGUAUGAGGGUCCUCAGGAGCAUCAUGUCCCCAGGGGUCCAGCGUCACUGGGUGAUGAUAUGUGGGCUCAGAUGCAGCAGCAGCAGAGGGGUUACCCAGGGAAGAUGCUGGGGGGGCAGCUGAAGAGGCCGGCCCCCCCUUUAGGGGAGCACUCGGUCAUCCAGCACACCCCGCCCCCCUCCCUUCACCCCUCCUCUCGGCCCAAUGAGGACUGUCCCAGUCCUAGCAAGAGGAAGAGGAGCUCUGAGCAGGUACGUGGAUGACUGAAACCGCUGCUCUCAACACUUUACUCAUACAGUUAUAUUUACACAUACAGGAUAAAGAGAUCCAAAUCUAUACUCUCCCAUAUGUAGCGUCAGGUGAUUGCAUAGAAUUAUUUGUGACCUUUUGAUAUCUAAACUUAGUUUGUUCUUGUAAUUUGACCAUGUUGUUAUGAUGGGAUAUACUGUAGUAUUAACAUAGUUACUCUUCUCCUCUACAGGUUCCUCACCCAGGCAUGCAGCGGUUCUCUGGCCCAGGAGGACACCCCCUGCCCCCCCAGCAGCAGCCCCUGUCCCACCCCCCCCCCUCCCCCACCCAAACCUGCCUUCUGGAACCCCAUACAUAAGGGGAACGCCCCCUGGGCCCAGCCCGAACGCAAGAACGGGCCUCCAGAGUUCCAGAUCAGAACUGUAAGAACACUUAGCACUGCCUCUUCGUCAAGAGCAUGAAUUUAGUGUACUUAUCAAAUGUAGUUCUUUUUUUUGAGAGGGGUGGAACUUGGUUAGUUGUGUUUGGCAUAAAGUAACAUGUCAGUUUAUGAGAUUCAGGUUAGGUAGUCAAAUAGUUUGUCUAUGGUCUCCUAGCCUUCCCAGAAGUUCUUAGCUAAUCAUGUCUCUCUCUUUGUCUCUGGUAACAGGAGUCAGCCAAGUCAGGUCUGGGCGGCUACACCUACAAACCUCCCCCUCCCUCCGCCCCCUCGCCAAUCUCCCCACCCCGCAUCUCCUCCCUGGGAGACUACCCCCAGCGGCGCGGCGGGGCCGCCCCACCCCACAAGCCCCAGUUCCCACCUCAGGCCCUCAAUCAACCCCCCCACAAUAACCACCCCCAGUACCCCAAACAACCAGCUCCAGCCCCGCCCCUCAUGGGGAUGGAGCCCCGGGGAGGUCCUCCUACCCCCCAGAGAGGCCCUACCGCUGGGGGCCGAGGAAUCAACAACCAGCCCCACUCCCAUCCUCCUCACCACCAACCUCCAGCAAGGGGGGACAGUAGAGGAGACAGGGGCUUUAGGGAGACCCCCCAACCCUCACCAGCAAACCACACCGGCGUGCCUUACAGCCACAACCCCCACCUCCUUGCCCCUGCCAGCAGCACCGCAGUACCUCAACAGCACAACCCCACCACCCCCCACCAUGAGGCCUGGAGGCCCCAGGGACAGGGCCAGGGCCAGGGCAGGCCACAAAGCAACCACCCCCUGGUGAGUCCCAGGCUCCCAGCAGAGCUAAUGUUAUACCCAGCCUCCAUUUGUUAGCGUGUGAUCUCCGCCUUUUUCACACUGUAAUUAUUUUCUAAAAUCCAAAUCGACGGCGGGCUCACGAAAACCUAGGCACUUCACGUAGACCUGAAGAGUUCGGGAACAACUCCCAUUUUACCCGCUCAUAGGCUCAAAUGUCAUUUAGCAGAGGGUUCAGUUUGGAAUUGACUGGUCUUAGUUAAUGGACUUUUGCUAAGAGGAAAUGUAAACUAUAUCAAUUUUGUUAGUAUUGUAGUGUAUCAGCUGCGGCCCAAAUGGGCCCCAUCACAAGUAGUGCACUGUAUAGGGAAUAGGGUGCCAUUUGGGAAGCAGCCUAUGUCUGUUUGGAUGGCGCUCUAUCUCCAGUGUAUUAAUCUACCAUAUCUGUCUCUCCCUACAGGAGUCAGGUCUCUACAGGGCAGGGCUGGUAUCUCCGGGGCAGCAGCAGAAUCAGAACCAGGUCGGGGAGACCCGGGGUCCAGCGCCCCUCCAGCAUCAUCAGCACCCCUACCCCCACGUCAGCCCCCCUCAGGCCACCCCCAUACCUCCUACCAGGACGCCUGUCAUCACCCCCACCUUCACCCCCCAGCCCCCCUGCUCACAGUCACAUAACAACCGCUACAACAGUAGUAGUAGUAGUAGUAGUAGUAGUAGUAGUAGUAGUAGUAGUAGUAGUAGUAGUAGUAGUAGGAUCAGUAAUAUGACUGGACCUGCACUCUCCACUGUGACCACAGCGCCACCUGCUGUGUGUUCAGCUAACAACACCCCCACCAGCAGCAGUUGGAGAGGCAGGGAGACGAUGGGACUGCUCCACCAGACCUCAGUUCCGUCUCAGCUGGAGAGGGACCCAGAGAGGGGGCCCAUCAACCCCAUGCUGCACCCAGGGUAUCAGGGAGCCCACGUGGGCACUGCCAGUCACCCUCACCCCCACCGGGCACCACCCAGGCCCCAGCAGCAGCCUAGCCACCACCACCAACAGUCUGUCCAGGGGAAGGGUUACUACGGACGGACUGAGCCUGAUCGCACUCCUUCCUUCUCUUCGUCAUCAUCCUCAGGACACCAGAGGGCAGGGGAGAGCGUCAUCACCAGCAGAGGGUCUCACCCCAACCCCCUCCCGCAGACGGCGGUCACUAGCUCGCCCCAUGACCGCCCCAUGACCGCCCCCCAACCCCACACGGUCAACUCUGCCCCUCAGCUAGCCUCCAACCCCUCCUACUCCAGACUCUGUGCCCAGCCUACACCCCAGGCCCCCCAGGCUACCCCCACCUCAGCCCAGGGGUAUUCUUGUUCGCGACCCCAGCCACCUCCACCCUCAGCCCCGCAGUCCAUGAAGGAGGCUCUGGAUAAACUGGAUGCUGAGCUGCAGGGUCAUAUGCAGGCCGAGGAGAGAAGGAGGGACUGGGAGAGAGAGCAGGAGGAGAGGAAGAGGAGGGAUUGGGAGAGAGAGCAGGAGGAGAGGAAGAGGAGGGAUUGGGAGAGAGAGCAGGAGGAGAGGAAGAGGAGGGAGUGGGAGAGGGCAGAAGAGGAGAAGAAGAGAAGUAGGGAAUGGGAAAAAGAGCAGGAGGAGAGGAAGAGGAAGGACUGGGAGAGAGCGAGGGAGGAAGAGGAGAGGAAGAGGAGGAGGGAGUGGGCGAGAGAGGAGGAGGAGAGGAAGAGGAGGAUGGAGAGGAAGGUGAAGGAGGAGAUGAGCAGGAGCAGUAAGGGGAGAGAGGAGUCCGCCAUCGAGAGUCUGGAGAGACUCCUGUCAGGCAGCACCUCUUCUGCCCCACCUCCUCCCCUGUCCACUGGCUCCACCUCCUCCUCCUCCUUUGUCCUACCUCCACCCCCACCACCCCCCAGCCAGUCCUCCUCCUCGCCCCCCUACCCCCUGGCUGAGCCGGGGCGGGGCACCCCCUUGUCCCCCAGGCCAGGCACCACCGUCUCCUGCCCCCCUGGAGAGGUCGCAGCCGCCCCCUCUCACCCCCCAGACGGACUAUGCCAGGGAGAAGCAGAGGCAGAGGGAGAAAUGGGGUGGAAGUCCCCCGUCGUCAUCUCACAGUAGUAACGUUACCUCAGGGAACAACGCCCGGCCCUCGUUGGGGUCCUCCUACCCCAACCACCCCUUAAACAACACCACCAUGCGAGGCGCCCCCCGUCCAUCCAAAGAUACCCCCCAUCCCAAGGAGAAGGCUAGUCAGCAGGCCAGAGGAGGAGUGAUGGGGGCUAUGGGUCCCCUCCACACCUCCAGCACCAUCACCCUCCGAGAGCCCCCCAAACUCUACCAGGCCUUCCCCAGGGACAGCCUUUCGUCCGUGCCCAACCCCUCCAGAACCAGCAGCAGCACCUCCAGCAUAGGGGGCCUCCUCCACAAGCGCAUGCCCAGCGGAGGCCUGGGUAGCUGCGCCAGCAGCAGCAGCGGAGACUCGGAGAGCGCCCAGUUUGAGGAGGAACCAUCAGAGCUCUCUACGUUACUCCCGGACGGUCUGGCCAACAUCAUGGCCAUGCUGGAUGAGUCCAUCAAGAAAGAGGAGGAAUCUUUAUAUAGCAGCGACCGAAACGGAGCUAGAGAAAACAUUGUCAACGCCUUCUCUGGUACCAUGCCACUGGUCAAGAGCUACCUGUGCGCCCCGGACCUCAUCCCGGCGCCCAAGCAGCAACCGCAGGACGACUUUGUUGGGGCGAACCUCAACUCCAGCCCCCCCGUGCUGAGCCGACAGGGCUCCCUGGCCUCCCCCUGCAGUCGGACCUCCUCCCUCAACGAGGAAGAGGAGGAGGGUUGUCUCACCCUGAAACCCGCUCCGGAGGUCCACAAGCCAGCUGUCCCUCUCAACCCCAACUCCCAGUCGGGGACUAACUAUCGCCACAGCGACCUGGCUAAACUCUACGGUCUCCCGGAGCCCGCGAAGAGCGAGUGCGACGACGAAGAUGAGGAAGAGGAGUCGGAGACUCCGUCCAGUUCCCCUCCCCCGCCCCAGAGGCCCCACCUCCACCAGACGGGGGUGAGCAGCACCAACAAGUCCCUGGCCGCCCUGGAGAACCAGAAGUACACCUACAGAGGAGGUCCAUUUGGCCGCCCGCCCCCCUCCGCUCUGGGGGGAGUAAAGUACUCCUCCUCCCUCUCUCUGGGUCCCGACAUCCAACAGCAGCAGAAUAGCACCUCCCCCACCUCCGAUUCCACCAAUCACCCGGGCUUUACACCGUCAUUGACCCCGCCCCUAAAGUCCCGCCCACACUCACCCUCCAGCUGGGAGGCGAAGAGACAGGUCAAUAUAAAGAUGGAGGAGCCUGAUAUCUGGAGAAAUGGGAGGGAGGCCAUGGAAAAGAGGAUCCAUUCCUCAAAGGAAGAGUCAAAUUUGAAUCCCUCCACACAAUCCAUCAAGAUGGAGCCAAAAGAAGAGAUGAAGCUCACUACCAUCUCUGAGUCUUCUCUGGCUGAGCUGGGCCGGAGCUGUGAGGUCUUCCUGACCCGACACUCCAACUCCCUCCCCAGCAAGAACACCUCAGACAGGACCAAGACUGAGCUGAAACAGGAGGACAUGCACCACAAGCCUGAGAGAGAGAGGGAAGGAGACAGAGAGAAGGAUAGAGAGACAGAGAAGAAGAGGAAACACGGCAGCAGCAAGACACACCAGGAGAGGAAAGAGAGGAAGAAAAAGCACAGAGAGAAACGAGAGGAGAUGUCCUCCUCCCACUCCUCCUCUUCCUCCUCCCACUCCUCCUCUUCCUCCUCCCACUCCAGUUCCAGUUCCAAACGGCACAAGGAGGGCAAAGGUCACAAGGAGAAGAAGGACCACCUGCGGAUCCUCGGGAACCUGGACCUCCAGAGCAAGGAGAUCCGGGAGAAGGACUGUGACCACGUUCACUCCGACAUGGAGAGAGACCGGAAGAGGAGGAAGGAGGCUGGGUCCACCAGCGAAGACGAACCCUCAGAAUGGGCGUCCCAUAGUAGAAGUGAAAAAAGUUCUAGUGUCAUGUCCUCUUCUCAGGGCAGUGAGGCUGGAUCGACACUGCAGGGUUCAGCUGCUGACUUCAUGAAACUGAAGGCCCUGUCGGACGGGCCACCCAAGGAGCUGAAGAUCAGACUGAUCAAGGUGGAGAGCGGAGACAGAGAGACGUUCAUCGCCUCGGAGGUGGAGGAGAAGAGGACACCGCUGGAGGAGAUCAGUAUCAAGAACACAGCCGCAGAGGUCAUACGGGCCUGCAAGUGAGUAUGGAGGGAGAGAGGAGAGGGGAAUGGAGGGAGAGAGGAGAGGAGAGGGGAAUGGAGGGAGAGCGGAGAGGGGAGAGGGAGUACAUGGAGGGGCCAGGCAGAGUGAGUAGGGGAUGGAGGCGGAGGGAGAGAGGAGAGGGGAACUGAGGCAGGGAGAGAGGAAAGGAGUGACUUGCGGGGGAAUGGAGGAGGUUCUAAUGUCUCGUCAGUCGGGUAUGUGAGGGCUGAAGAGCUUUGAAUCUGGUCCGUGGGACCUUAGCGGCCUCCGCGGCGCAGUCCUGCUUCUCGGGCCGAUGGGAGCUCUCGCGGGAGGGCCCUGGCCGCCUGAUAGCGCGGGUGCUCGGCCGGAAGCUGGCGCGCUGGGCCUUGGAGUCGCGCAUCGGGGCCUGGGGGCGGAUCGCGCGCGGUCUGGGCGGAGCGCGAGUGGCGCGGGAUGGCGGGCGCGCUGGGGCCUGGCGGUCGCGUGCGCUGGGGCCUGGCGGCGCCUCUAGCGGCGCGGUCGGGCGCGAGUCCUUGGCUGGCGCGCGCUUGGCGCGGGUCCUUGGUGCGUCGGCGCCCGGGGCCUGGGAGGCGCGCUGCCUUGCCUUCGGCGCGGCUGGCUGGGGCCUGGGCGGGGGGUAGGGAGAGGGAGGGGAAUGGAGGGAAUAACAAGGCAGGAGGGUUGUAGGUGAGAGAGUGGGGUGGUCUUACCAAUGAGAAGUAGAGGGUUUCAUUCUAGUAAAUCCAUUUCUAAAAAGACAGUGUUUUUUGCUCCAGUUUGUGACUGUGUUUGGUCUUAACAUUUUUUUUAUCUCUUCUCUCAGGGGUGCGAGUGUGAAGGGGAAGUUCAGAGAGUCCUACCUGCUCCCUGCGUUCUCUGUCAAGCCCCUGUUUACUACAGAGCCCAUCCCACGGGAGAAACUCAACCCUCCCACACCAAGCAUCUAUGUAAGUCCCUGUCAUUCACCAUAACCCCACCACACAUCUCACAUAUCUAUAUUCACACACUAUCUUUCUCUCCACCACGUAUCCCAUUCAAUCUUCAAUCUCCCCCUCUCUUAUUAUUAUUAUUUUUAUUAUUAUUAUUAUUAUUAUUAUUAUUAUUAUUAUUAUUAUUAUUAUUAUUAUACUCUCUCUCCUUCUCUAAUAAUGUGUAACAUAAAAUUAAAAUAUAUUUUUUAAACCAUGUACUGCCCUCUGUUGGUAGAAAACUGCACCUGACGUGAAUUAUAAUUGUACUGACUGUUCUAUCGUCUUCCCCCCUCUAUAGCUGGAGAGUAAGAGAGAUGCCUUAUCCCCAGUACUACUGCAGUUCUGUACUGACCCUAAGAACCCUGUUACUGUUAUCAGAGGACUGGCCGGAUCCCUACGACUCAGUGAGUCAUACACACACACACUUCACAUCGUUAUCAAUCAUUUAUUCAACACUAUCUACCACAGUAACCACACAAAUCAUUCAAUCAAACUGCACUACCUACCUACAAAUAGUAAUAAAAUGACUUGGUACCAUUCCCUUUGGGAGUCCCUUCAUGCCGCACCAUGUCAUCCCUUAUAUAUUUGUAUAUUAAAACCCGCUAGGUGUUCCUCCUCAUAGAAAAGAAAGUAAAGGAAAGAGAGAAGAUAUAUCUAAUAUCUCUCUCUCUCUCUAUCUAUCUAUAUCUACUCUAUAUCGAUCUCUUCUCUCUCUCUUCUCUCUCUUCUCUCCUCUCUCUCUCUCUCUCUCUCUCUCUCUCUCUCACCCUUCAGACCUGGGUCUGUUCUCCACUAAGUCUCUGGUGGACGCUAACUCGGAGCAUGCUGUGGAGGUGAGGACCCAGGUACAGCAGCCUGCUGAUGAGAACUGGGACCCCAGCGGCACGGGGCAGACCUGGCCCUGCGAGAGCAGCCGCUCACACACCACCAUCGCCAAGUACGCUCAGUACCAGGCUUCCAGCUUCCAGGAGAGCCUCCAGGUAUGGAUGGAUACAAUGAUACAUGUAGAGACACACACCAUGUAUACACACACCUCUUCUAUAUAACUUACCUCUACCUUCUUCUUUUCUGUGUCUUCAGGAGGAGAAGGGGAGUGAUGAAGAUGAUGAUAAUGAAGAUGAGGAAGACAAGGAGAAAGAGAAGAAGAGUAAGGAGACUAGCUCUGAGACGUCUAACAAAGACCCCACAAGCAAAGACGCUAUCAGUACCGAGCUGAAACCAGUGGGGAAGAUUAUCAAGUUUGGCACCAACAUUGAUCUGUCAGACCCCAAGAGGUAAGCUGGAGAUGCAUUCUAUUACCACAUAGAACAUGUGGAACUUUUCUCAUUUGUUCCAGAACUUUCCUCUGAGGUUUUGCUGACCCCUACUGGUCAGGUUUCCAUACUGAAUCUUUAUUACAUGAACCACAUCCAUUGCUAAGCAAGGCCAUAUUGCGCAAAAUCACUAUAGUAAAUAAGCUCCUUAGUGAUGAUAGCAUUGAUGCAACUACUGCCACUCAGAUUGUGUUCUGUUGGCCAGUUUAAAAAAGACAAUAACCCUGACCUCCCUCUCCCCAUCUAUCUCUCCCUCUCUCUCUACCAGGUGGAAGGCCCAGCUGCAGGAGCUCCAGAAGCUUCCAGCCUUCAUGCGCGUGGCGUCCAGCGGUAACAUGCUGAGCCACGUAGGACACACCAUCCUGGGCAUGAACACUGUCCAGCUCUACAUGAAGGUCCCCGGCAGCCGCACGCCUGGCCAUCAGGAGAACAACAACUUCUGCUCAGUGAACAUCAACAUUGGGCCUGGAGACUGCGAGUGGUUCUCUGUGCAUGAAAACUACUGGCCGGCCAUCAACGACUUCUGUGAAAAGUAAGUCGUGUGGACACUGGUUGAUACAUUACCAUGAUUUACAGAAUGUGUUGAUGAUGAGGUACAAUAAUAAAUUUCUGAUUUGAGCCUGUUUGAUGUAGAAAAACAAUCUGUCAGAUUUGCUCUUCCAAGUAACUAGAGCUCAUCUCAGCAGCUCAGCUUGUAAGUCCUUAGAAUGUAAAAUAGCACAAGUGUCUCAUCUACUCAAGCGUACCAUUCUCCCAAUGUAUCACCCACUACCUCAGAGGAUCUAACCCCCUCCUCCCCUCUCUCUCUCAGGCAUGGAGUAGACUACCUGACUGGUUCCUGGUGGCCUGUCCUGGAGGACCUGUACCGCUCCAACAUCCCUGUGUACCGCUUCAUUCAGAGACCAGGGGACCUGGUGUGGAUCAACGCAGGGACCGUCCACUGGGUCCAGGCUGUGGGCUGGUGCAACAACAUUGCAUGGAACGUCGGACCACUCAACUGUAAGUUAACUCCCUGACAAAGAUAGCUACAUUACUGUUUGCUACAGAUGCAAAUGUUUGACUCACCCAUCUACUGAAACACAUUGCAGUAGAGCCAUUGCUUGACUUUUAUGGUUAGUGUUAUUUUAUGGACCUGUUGGUCUUUGUCAGUAAUUUUGGCUUGAGAGUUUUGAACUUCAGGGUAAUGACCACAGUCCAAAUCCACAACAAUGAAACACAUAAGUAGAGGACUGAUGUUGAAGAUCCUAUGUAAAAACAUACAAGGUCACUAACAAUUAUACUGUUGAAGAGCUUUUAUAAUGUCAAGUACUAAUGUUCCCGUUGUUCCUCUCUGCAGCCUACCAGUACCAGCUGGCUCUGGAGAGGUUUGAGUGGAAUGAAGUGAAGAAGGUCAAGUCCAUCGUCCCCAUGAUCCACGUGUCCUGGAACGUGGCCCGCACCGUCAAGGUCACCGACCCAGACACAUACAAGAUGAUCAAGUGAGUACUGACCGACUGAUGAUGGGUCCUUUAUUUAAGCAGUAAGGCCUGAUGGGGUGUGAUAUAUGGCCAAUAUACCACGACUAAGGGCUGUUCUUAUGCGCAACGCAGAGUGCCUGGAUUCAGCCCUUAGCCGUGGUAUAUUGGCCAUAUACCACAAACCCCUGAGGUGCUUUAUUGCUAUAAACUGGUUACCAACGUAAUUAGACAAGUAAAAAGUAAUUUUCUGUCAUACCUGUGUUAUACGGUCAGAUAUACCACGGAUUUCAGACAAUUAUAGUGAUUUGUUUAUUAUACAGAUGGUGUAGUUAGAAAUUACACAGGUGUAAAUAUAUAAUUUUGUUCAGAUUUAUGAUGUUUCAGAAGUUUGAAACAUAUUGGUGUGCUGCUCACUCCACCCUGGCUCUAACCUCACCCCCUCGCCCUCCCUCCCUCCCUCCCUCCCUCCCUCCGUCAGACACUGCCUGCUGCAGUCCAUCAAGCACAUCCAGGUUCUGAGAGACCAGCUGGUGGCAGUAGGGAAGAAGAUCUCCUACCAGAGCCGGGUGAAGGACGAGCCAGCCUACUACUGCAAUGAGUGUGACGUGAGUAACACAUCUACCCAGUACCUACCUACUGCCCUCUCAAUACAAACCCCCAGUCUGCCAGCACCAAACCGCCUUCUAACUGAACCCAAAACACACAAACACUUACCUCACAAUCAGAGAGAGCCUGUCUCUCUUCUGAAACCACAUUACUUCAACCCCCUAUCUUCCCUCAUGAUUGCUCCAGCAUGCUUUCAAUUCAUCCCCAUGCAUUACAAUACAAGCCCUUUCCCACAGCCCAGUGAUCCCUGGCUAUAUACUGAGUGUGUGUAUGUGUCUCCUCUGUCCCCAGGUGGAGGUGUUUGACCUGCUGUUUGUGACGUCUGAGAGCGGCAACAGGAAGACCUACGUGGUCCACUGUGAGGACUGUGCCCGCCAGAGGAACCCCAGCCUCUCCAACAACGUAGUGGUGUUGGAGCAGUACCGCAUGGAGGAGCUCAUGAGUACCUACGACACAUUCAACCUGGUGAGGAGACACACAUAUUUUUCUUACGAGACACACGCAUAUCUUUCUUAUUAUGAGACACACACACACACACACACACACACACACACACACACUACCUUUUUGUUUUUUUGUAAGACACGAGCGCAUACUCACUCUCCCACUUGUAAGUCUGCACUGACUGUGUUUUGUAUACAUCUGCCUGACAAUCUGAGGCCAGUGUAUCUAAUGUUUUGUCCUCUGUCUGUCUUCUCUCUCCAGGCUGCAGCGCCCAGUUCACGG